UUCUGACGCGCAUGCGCAUUAAUAGCUCCAGCUCGCUCUGGUUCUGCCUGAAGCUAACUGAAGCUAACAGGUUAUCCUUGGGCUGCUGACGGACCGAACCAGAACCGAGUCCGUCCCCCUUCAGACCCGGUCCAGGCCGGUAACACGGAGCCGGUUCUGAGGCGGAACCGAGCUGUCUGUGGCGGGAAUCUGCAGUUGGCGCUGUUAGCAUUGGCAGCUAGCGUUAGCUCCGCUCAGCUAACAGAACCACAACAGCUAACUGAAGCUAACAGAGCUAACUGAAGCUAACAGGGCAACAUGGCGACGGAAGAGAAGAAACCAGAGACAGAAAACAUCAAACAGUCCUCGUCCGGAUCCGGAUCCGGGAACAAGUCUAAUCCUUCCAAACCAAACUACUCGGUGAAGUUCACUCUCGCCGGACACACGAAGGCCGUCUCUUCUGUCAAGUUCAGCCCUAACGGAGAAUGGCUGGCCAGCUCCUCUGCUGAUAAGUUGAUAAAGAUCUGGGGAGCGUUCGACGGGAAGUUUGAGAAAUCCAUCGUCGGACACAAACUGGGGAUCUCAGAUGUCUCCUGGUCUUCAGACUCCAACCUGCUUGUUUCUGCCUCUGACGACAAAACGCUGAAGAUCUGGGACAACAACUCUGGGAAGUGCCUGAAGACUCUGAAGGGACACAGUAACUACGUGUUCUGCUGUAACUUCAACCCUCAGUCCAACCUGGUGGUGUCUGGAUCGUUUGAUGAGAGUGUGCGUAUCUGGGAUGUUAAAACAGGAAAAUGUCUGAAGACUCUGCCGGCUCACUCUGACCCCGUCUCUGCUGUUCAUUUCAACAGAGACGGCUCGCUGAUCGUAUCCAGCAGCUACGACGGACUCUGUCGUAUCUGGGAUACAGCAUCAGGACAGUGUCUGAAGACUCUGAUCGACGAUGAUAACCCUCCGGUGUCUUUCGUCAAGUUUUCUCCCAACGGGAAAUACAUCCUCGCCGCCACGCUGGACAACACGCUGAAGCUCUGGGACUACAGCAAGGGGAAGUGUUUGAAGACGUAUUCGGGACAUAAGAAUGAGAAAUAUUGUAUCUUUGCCAACUUCUCUGUCACAGGAGGGAAGUGGAUCGUGUCCGGCUCUGAGGACAGCCUGGUUUACAUCUGGAACCUUCAGACCAAAGAGAUCGUCCAGAAACUACAAGGACACACAGACGUGGUGAUCUCAACGGCGUGUCACCCGACAGAGAACAUCAUUGCGUCCGCUGCGCUGGAGAACGACAAGACCAUCAAACUGUGGAGGAGCGACUGUUAGACUGACCCGGUCCUGGUCCUGGACCUGGACCUUGACCUGGACCUGGACUUGGAUCUGGUCCUUGACUCGGAUCUGUUCCUGGACUCGGACAUGGACUCGGAUCUGGACUCGGACCUGGGUCCAGAACCAGAACUGUUCUACACCAUGUCACUGGUCCCACAGUAACAGAGUCAGCUGGUUUCUGAGUCGAGGUGGAAAAGAUGAAACUAUAAAACAAAAGUUUGUUUUCAAAGUUCAGUGUUUUCUGGAGGCUUUUAUUGUUCGUCUGCUCUGUGUUUUUAGUUUCUAUUUUUAAGGUCAUAUUUAUUUAUUUUUUAUUUGAUUACUAUAAUUAUUCACCAUGAUAAAAAAUAUUUUAAUAUAUUUUUAAAGGCAGAAAAGAAACAUUAAUAGUUAUUUCCCGGCCUGUUUACAUUAUUAUAAUUAUUUCUUUAUUAAGAUCUUCCAGUGAGUCCCUGAAACCGUGUCCACCAGACAGGAGGUCGUUUUUUCCUUUCAGAAUGAAUUAAUCUGGGCAGAAAAACACGGAACAAAAACAAAAUAUAAUAUAAUUUCCUUGUGAAGAAUCUGAGUGACGGUUUUAUUGAUGAAUGUUUUUGGGACACGCCCACUCUGAUUCUGCUGCGUCCACUGACUCUCUCCGCUGUGGGAACAUUUACCAUCAUCGAUCAGCUGACUGAGAAAACAAACAACAGUAACGUCUUCAGUUAUUUGUAAAUAAAGAUUUUGAAUAUGA